UCCCUCUGACGCGCUUGAACACCGGACAUCUGACGCCACCUGGGUCCCUUAUAAGUCACCCGGGAGAAGAGCCCAGCACGAGCCUUUGAUCACUGCGUCAUUUCCAAGGAGGAUACGAGGUAGCCAAGGAUAACCCACUUCUACUGUCUGGUUGGACACCAGCUCAUUGAGAAGAGGCUGCCACCUCAAGUGCCCUGGAGUUUAAAAAUACAUAACACAUCUCAAUGCCAUCGGGUUCCUAGCGAAGACACGCGGCUCAGCCUGAGCGAAAAGAUGACUGGUAUCCACGUGGAGGGGCUGGCUGCCAUCGCCCUGUUCUACGUUCUGAUCCUCGCGGUGGGGAUCUGGGCGGCAUGGAAGAACAAGCACGCAGGGGAGUCCGAGGGCACGGACCGCAGUGAAACUAUAAUGGUCGGCGGCAGAGACAUUGGCUUAUUUGUUGGUGGUUUCACAAUGACAGCGACCUGGGUUGGUGGUGGAUAUAUAAACGGAACCGCUGAAUAUGUGUAUUUACCCGGGUACGGCUUGGCUUGGGCGCAAGCACCUUUUGGAUACGCGUUAAGUCUGGUUGUAGGUGGCUUAUUUUUCGCAAAGCCCAUGCGCUCCAGAGGUUACGUGACCAUGCUUGACCCUUUCCAGCAGAUGUAUGGGAAAAGGAUGGGAGGCCUGCUGUUUAUACCUGCUCUGAUGGGUGAAAUAUUCUGGUCCGCAGCUAUUUUAUCAGCACUGGGCGCCACGCUGAGUGUGAUCGUGGACAUCAACAUUAAGAUGUCUGUAGUGAUCUCCGCCUGCAUUGCCAUCUUCUACACCCUGGUGGGCGGGCUCUACUCUGUGGCCUACACUGAUGUGGUCCAGCUCUUCUGUAUCUUCCUGGGACUGUGGGUUUCAGUGCCGUUUGCCCUGAGCAACCCAGCUGUGUCUGACAUCCGGAUCAGUGCAGUGAAGGACAUCUACCAGUCUCCGUGGAAGGGGAACAUUAAGAGUGAAGACACCUGGGUCUGGAUAGACAACUUCUGUCUGCUGAUGUUGGGGGGGAUUCCAUGGCAGGUGUAUUUUCAGCGGGUUCUCUCUGCCUCUUCGGCAACCUACGCCCAGGUUCUCUCGUUCAUGGCCGCGGCUGGCUGUUUGGUCAUGGCCAUACCCUCUGUGAUGAUCGGAGCUAUUGGCGCCUCCACAGACUGGAACCAGACCGCAUACGGAAGCGUUCCUCCCAAGGAGAGAGAUCAGGCUGACAUGAUAUUACCCAUAGUCCUCCAGUACCUCUGUCCUCCCUUUGUCUCCUUCUUCGGCCUGGGGGCAGUCUCUGCCGCUGUGAUGUCAUCAGCCGACUCUUCCAUCUUAUCAGCAAGCUCCAUGUUUGCUCGGAAUAUCUACCAGCUGGCCUUCCGCCAAUCGGCAUCUGACACUGAGAUUGUGUGGGUGAUGCGGGUCACCAUAUUCGUGUUCGGCGGGUUGGCCACGGCGAUGGCGUUGCUAACGGGCACGGUGUACGGGCUGUGGUACCUGAGCUCCGACCUGGUCUACGUCAUCAUCUUCCCGCAGCUCAUCAGCGUUCUCUUUGUCAAGGGCACCAACACAUACGGCUCCGUGGCUGCCUACAUCUUCGGCCUGAUCCUGAGGAUUGGGGGUGGGGAGCCCUACCUCUCGCUGCCCCCCUUCAUCUAUUACCCGGGUUGGCAGAUGGAGGAGAGGGUGCAUCAUCUCACCGGAGAGGUGGAUCAGAUAGUGGUGCAGAAGUUCCCGUUCAAGACCGUCUCCAUGCUGGCCUCGUUCCUGGGCAACGUGGCCUUCUCGUACCUCGCCAAGUACCUGUUUGAGAGCGGCAAGCUGUCGCCCAAGUACGACUUCCUGGACGCCGUGCUGGCGAAGCACAGCAUAGAGAACAUGGACAAGACCACGCUAGUCAACCGUAACACCAUUGCGCUGUCGGAGUUGGCGCCGGUCAAACCGCGUCUUAGCGUCCAGCUGGCCGCCACAUUCACGCGAAGAGACACGUUGGCCGAGGAGGACUCCAGUCCAGAGGACAGCCCAACCCGCGAAGUCCUGGACUAACCCGGGCCCGUACGGCCGGACCAGGACGAGGAGAUACCGGCCUACCACAGAUGACUCCCAAACAACAGAACGAGUCCAUUACUGUGCGUCCAUUUUGACCAGGGCAGAGGAGGAUGCUGUUGGGUGGCUUCUGCACGGUCCUGGGGGCAGGCACGCUGUGGAACGUCUGGACGAUGUGUCCGUCUUUUCCUCAAUCCCAAAGGCGGAGAGAUCGUGGGCAAAAGGCUGAACUGCACCUUUAAAGAGUAGAAUGAUGAACCACUUCAUUUACUUCAGUUCAUUUGUGUUUUAUUUAAAAUCCAAUAUCCAUCAUGGCGUCGUGAUCUGUGGAAAAGGAAACAAAAUGGACGGCAUGAUUAAGGGAUCACAUGACACGAUGCUGUUGAGCAGAGCUGAGGCGUUGUCCCUGGCACAGUGUCAUUGACAAGGAACAGGACUCCUGUUGAGCCCGGAGAAGAGACUCCGUCACUUUGGUAUGUAAGACAACCUUGGUGGGUGUUGUUCUAUGAUGACUUAACAGUGUUGUGGUUAACUGUGGGCAAAGCAAUAACAGUAUGUUCCUAACAUGUAUCUCUCUACAUAUCGUAGUGAGCCACAGUCCAGUUAAGGUCACCAGAUGAAAGGAAAAGACAGCAGAACUGAGUAUAACGGUCACAUGUGCAAAUGUAGUCAAUGUGGUUAUGUUCAAAGAAAUACUUUAUUAGUUACAGUUACACUUCAUUAGUCUGCAACAAAUUAAUUAAACGAUCAUUAUGUCACAACGUUCUGAGAGAUAUUGUAUAGGAAAAAGAUGAUUACAUGAGCAGAUGGACAAUAAUUCAUUUUGAAAGAUUUAUUAUACAUUUUAAUUAAUUAAAAUAAUUGUUGGGAUAUUUCCCACAUAUCGUACUGUCUGUGGUUCAGGCUGAUUAGCACUUCUUUUACUGUGAAUUAUAUUCUAGUGUAGACAGGUACAUUCACUAGCCCUCCCUCCUAACAAUACCUUUGUCCUUACCAAGUCCAAUAAAACACACAAUUAGGUAGCUGGUUUUAAAGCACUAUAGUCUACAAUACAUGCAGCUAUUUUUUUAAAGUCAGUCUUUGGUAUACAUGCCACAUAUUUAUUUCAUGAUGUAAAAUCUAUAUAAGAAGUAUUUAUAGCUAGAGUAUAUAGUAAUUCACUGGCCUUAAUGGAACGUAUUGGCUGAUGUCUUGACAGAGGUUGAGGAGUCAUCAGUGACGUUCAUUUGAAUAUCUGGGAGACAAGGACUUCAACGUGAAUGUAACGUCUUUGACAUGAAUGGAUAGUUUCCUCCAAAGGCCGUCGUAUGUGGUUUAAGUGUGUUCUGUUGUUAUUUGCAAAAGAUAUACCAGUAAAUGUGGCAGCCAUUAGUCAAGACAGAACUGGACACAGUAGGAAAAUAUAUUUAUUGUGAAGUUAACAGCAAUGUACAGUUAGUUUUGUGUAAUAUGUGUAUAUUUAUAUAAAUAAAAACAAACACUAAAAUUAUGCAGGUAGAAAUUGUCCAUAUAACUUAGACAAAAGCUUACAAA